AAAGGCUGCAAGAGCAAAAGUUGGCGUUAAGAAAACUGGAGCAAAAACUCCAACGAUUUUGGAUAAAGAACCGGUUGAACAAGUUAAAAUAGUGGUGACAAAAGCCAAGGCUAGUCGAAAAGGAAAUAUGAAAAUUAAUAGAUUAGUAUUAACCGAAGUUACCAAUGUUCAACCAACAACAACAGUCUUAUAA